UGCUUCUUGGUAAUGAUCUAUCUUCUCUUUGUUACCAAUUUCUCUUAAAGUUUGUAGCUUUCUUCUUUCUCCCUUACUCGUCUGCUCUCUUUGUCUCUAUCUCUCACAGUUCAUACGUCUUCCAUGGCUUCCAGUGAUGUUCUUCCUCGAUUCUUCACUGUUUUCCUCUCCCAGUACAGCUCCGAAUCCAUGGUGAUACCACGUUCUUACUACCAACAUUUACCACGUCCGUUGCCCAAAACUGCCAUUCUCGUGGGAACUGGUGGAAGAUUUUGGAAAGUAGCAAUGACGGGCAGGCGAGAGCAAGUGUAUUUUGAACAAGGCUGGGGAAAUUUCGUGGCUGAUAAUGAGCUAAAAGAUGGCGAAUUCUUAACUUUUGUGUUUGAUGGGCACAAAAGUUAUGAAGUUAGUAUCUAUGGUCGUGGAGAUUGCAAAGAGACUCGAGCAGUCAUUCAAGUUGAAGAGAUCUCUGAUGAUGAUACAGAAGAUUACAGCGUUUCUCUUCAUAGCCUUAACAACGUUUCGCUUCAUAGCCUUAACAACGUUUCGCUUCAUAGCCUUGACAACGAUUCUCUUCAGGCUGAUGUUGAGAUAGAGAGCGAUUCUCUUAAGGCUGAUGUUGAGAUAGAGAGCGAGUCUCUUGAGGUUGAUGUUGAGAUAGAGAGCGAUAGUGACUACUCUCCCGAGAACCCAGACACAGCCUCUAUCUCUGUUGAAUCUGUUGAGGUGGUGAAUCCAACAAGAAGCAGGCAGAGAAGUUACAAGAAGAGGACCAUUGAGAAUCCAACAACAAGCAUGACAAGCAGACAGAAAAGUUACAAGAAGAAGACCAUUGAGAAUCCAGAGCUAUAUUUGGAUGAUCCAAACAAUAUUUGCUUUGAGACGUGUCUUAAGCUUAGAAAGUCUGAGCUGUUAGUUGAUGCGCAGUUUGUGAAAGACUACAGCUUGAAAUUCGGCGACAAGGUUGACUAUAUCGACGGAUAUGGAAAACUAACCGCGACAAUGACGAAAUGGGCAGAUCAACGUAUUUGCAUAAAGAAAUGGUCGAAAAUAUGCGAUAGAAACAGUUUGACAGAGAAUGACUCCAUCUUGUGCGAAGUUCUCCGCAACGAAGACAAAGUGGUUUAUGCAAUCAAGAUUCACAUCUUCCGUGAUGCAGCAGCAGCUAGCAAUUGAUUCUCUUCUGCAAUUGGUUGGUUCUAGUCUUUUGUAGGAACUACUCUAAUUUCAAAACAUGUCUCUGUGGUCUUUGUAGACUCUUGAAUUCUCUUGUAUUUUCAGCACUUAAGUAGGUUUCUGCUUGUUAGGAUUAAUUCUCUUCUCGACUUUGAAUUCUAUUUGAAUCAAACACUUAAGCUUAC